AUGGGAGUGUCACUGUUGGAACUUGUCCUUUAUCAGCAAUUCCGAUUUCAGAAGCCAUCGUUUGUGGUAGUGGAUGCCAGUGUAAAUGCUGCUAAAGACAAAAGACGGAAUUUCGGAUACCACGAGAAGAAAUACAUACUUUUACCCUACCAUCACCAAUUAUCUAUGUAUUUGGAUGAGCAGUUUGAGCAUAUCAAACAUGGACUCGUUGUCUCUGUACUUGUGAAUGAAAACAGGCCAGCUCUACGGAACUAUAUACAUGCACUGAAAAAAUUCGUGGAGGCUCACGGAUUUCGCUUUUCUAAGAGCGAUCAUCUCAAGCUGAUUAAGUUGAUAUAUCUUGUGAUGGUGAAGAAAGAUCAGUGGCAUGACGUAGUGCACUAUGCAGCAAAAGCGCUUGAGAAGUUGAUUAACAAAUGUUAUUUUACUCACGAAGACAUGGUUGUGGACUGGGAACCAGUAUACGACCUGUACUAUGGAGCAACGUAUGGAAAACUCGAGGAUGUAGAUGGAGCAAGAAUACGUAUAGCUACGUUUCGUCUGAAAAGAUUCUAUAGACCUUCUGACUCUCCCAAAAUAUGGGAGAAGGUUCAAACUCACUUGGCUCCUCGCUAUUCAGCAAGAGAAUUUUGUGAAAUGGCUCUACUUUUUCUCAACGUUCGAAUGUCUACAGAGGAUCACAAGAAAUAUGGCGCUGCACUAUGGUUUGAAACCAUGUGGAAAAUGUACGAAGUGGUAGAGAUGGGAAAGAAAUGGGGUGAAGAUCUACCAAAUUUAUUUGCAACAUUGGUUUACUACAAUCCUGACUUUAUGGACUGGCGACCACUUUAUGACACUAUAUUUACACGCAUAAUACGCGCCAUGGGACUUUGCAUUAGGGAAGGAAAAAUUGUGGUUGGCGAUGGAUCAGGUUCAUCCAGCUUGGACGGAUUCGCUAAAUUCGUCAGUUCAACAGUUGGUGGUCCGUAUAGUUGUCAGAAAAAUAUAGAACGUAUGAUGAAGAUGAUUGAACCUUUUAUGCAUCCAUCCAAUGAAAGCGAUCAUACUGCUAUGGUGCUGACGUUUUUUCAAAAUCUACUUCGCGAAUUUAUUCUUCGUUAUGAAGAAGAGCGAGUGAAGAAACAUCGUCGAAAGGUCCCAAAGGAGUUCUAUCUCACAGACAAUGACAUCAAAUUGUUUGUUGACGCAACUCUUCAAUCCCUAUUGUACUCACUAUACUCGAAAGAUGGGAAAAGUUACGAUCUCCCCGCAAAACUCGUCAUGGUUUUGGGCGCGCUAGAGCCGGGACUUGUUUUUCCCAAGUUCUUGGAACAAGUGUAUCCAGCCAUGUUCGCUGUAUGUGAACCGCAUAGGCUUACACAAACGCUAGACUGCAUGUUUGAGUUGAUGUUCAUCAUUGCAUGCGAUGAAAAGGUUGGAAUCAAGCGACUGAAAAUGGAGAAGGAUUGGGUUGAAGAAAUGGAAAAGCAACGACCACCGUACUCACCUUUACUGGAUUAUUCUCUUCAAAAACUAUCGAGCAAGCAUAAAUGGAAAAUAAAGGAAAAUCUUUCGACGUUCCGAUAUCAUCUCUUUUACUUCUUCGAGAUUUUGAUUGCUGGCAUCGAUAUUAAUGAUGUAACGAAGGCAAAUAUAUCCAUACACAAUCUCACUCUUCUCUUUUACAUAAUGCCACUAUUGGAUUAUUCAGAAUGUGUUAAAUAUCACAAAGAUUUGACUAAUGAUGAGAAAUCACUGUGUUUUAUGUCGGCUAGAUUACCACUACUAGCAGAACUCACUCUGGACAGAAUACUUCAAAUAAUACAGUGCCUUGCCGUUACCUCACCAAAAGAUUCAUGCACUGCCUUAGGGAGUUUUAAGGAUGAAGAAACCAGGGAGAGUGAUGAAGAAAAAGUCCUGAAGAAAGCGAUAGAUAGAUGUGUAACGGCCUUAUUCACCAACACCGCUGACUCCAUAACAAUGAAACUCGCGAAGAAAGUUUUGACCUUUGUAAAAACGAAUCAAUUCGAAAGCCAACUAGCCACGGAUAUGAUCUCAUCACUAAUCUCGCAAAUGACCUACGCGUCUCCUCGAUUGUGGUUGCCAUUUGCUGAACAUGUCUUGCACAAUCUACGGGAUGUGCUGACUGCCGAAGCGAAGGCUGCGGAGGAUCUCGAGACAUCGGCUCAAUGGUUUGUUACUUUGGCUGGAUCAUUAUUAUCAACUACAAGUGAGAACUACAUUCAACACAAAGAUAUUUGCUUUGAAAUGAUAGGUUUACUUGUGGACUGCAAAAGUAAAGUGGCGUAUAACAAUGGAGCGAUAGGACUUUGGUAUAUGCUAUAUAUGCUUUCUCGAAUAUAUCCAGAGAAUUCACGGUACAUCAGUUCUCGACUUAAUCGGCCUCUCAGCGAAUGGGUACCUGUGCGGGAAUGGGGACAAUUGUACGGUCUCAAAGAAUCUAAAAUGGCAUGGUAUGUGCCGGGCGAAGAGGGAAAAGGAAUGGUAAAAUUACUUUUGGAAAAAUUUGUGUUUCCUAUAGUUGAAUCGUUGCGGGAUGUGAACAUGGACAGAGACACUUUGAAAAAAUCAUUCACUAUCCUGAGCUUUGGAUUGAGUGGUUCAGUUACUUGUUUUCCUAUGCCAUCUUCUACAGCUUUUAUAUCAUCUAACACAGUAUUGCCAUGGUUCAAAAUUGAUUCGCUUAAUCCUGCGGUCAUGAAUUGGGAUAUACGCUACACAUCUGGUAAAAAUUUCCGCGAAGAACUCGUGGACGUGUUGGAGGGUGUUAUUGAACGCCUGGUGCUUUCAAAACGAGAACACAGUCAAGUUCUUGCAAGCAUCAGUAGAAUACUUCAUAAUGUGAUUCAUACCAAUCACACUGACUCGCAUCAGUUAGAUAUAGCAGCGGGUGAGCACGGUGAUAUCUACAACUAUCUAACGACUCCACUUUCAAAAAAAGUCCAAAUUUUUGUACUUGAAUCCCAGGCAUACGUUGCACACAUGCGCAUUGUCGUUGAGUCGCCUGCUCGUGCGUUCACAAUGUUUCACCUUCGAGUUCUACACCUCCUUGCUCGUCUGACUCUCAAUGAUUACUCAGAAGUGCGCGGCGAAGCGCGUGCGGUCUUAUCGUCGCUAUUUUCUGAAUAUGCGAUAGCUAAGGAAUCAAUUGUUGAAGACAUCCUACCUUCAUUGACUGAUCCUAACAGCACCAGAGACCAGCUGAAGGGUGCUCUCUGCAUGAUAUCGCAAUCGAGCUGGGCUACGUCCAGUACAAUAUCGACAAGAAUGAAAGUGUGGAAGGCUAUUAUCGAAAUGAAGGUGGUUGACUAUCCGGAAGUUAUUGAUCUUUAUGACGAUUUGUGGAACGAUAUAGGGAAAAUGCAGAAACCAGCUCGUAAACAUUAUGAAUGUCCGAAACUCAAUGAUUUCUGCAAGAAAUGGUUGGAUGAGCUAUCGAAGUCUGGGCAAUGGACAUCCUUCAAGGAUUCAAAAGUUGUUGAAACUACCAAACAAAUGAGAGCAGCUAGAAGAGCAGCAAAUAAGAAGGAACAAGAUGCGCUUGUGGAAAUGCUACUAGCACUAUUCGCAAGAAAGGAUCUGCUACAUACACGAAUAAAGCUAUGCCGGGCAAUGUUGUGGCGAUGUCAGAAGGAAAAAUGCGGUUUGAAGACUAUCAAGAUACUGAUAGGAAAGUUCGUAGACGACGAGGAGUAUCUGCGUGAAAGAUGUGCGGACGAGCUGUCGUUCUGGUUGAAGAAGAAUAAGCCAAAAACUGUUAGAAUGAACUGGGGUUGUCCGAAGAAGUCAGAUAAUACUUUCCUCAAAUGCGGUUUACGAUUAGAUAAUUUACCAUUGGUUUAUGACUCCCAAAAUUUGCCAACAACAGAAGAGAAAUGGAACAAAACGGUGUUCUUCUCCAAACAGUUUGGUAGCUACCAGUGGCCAACAUUCAUAAAUGUUGUUGUUUACGCUUCUAAACCUCAACUAAAACGGGAUCCACUGAGUGAAAGCGAAAAAACAAUCGUGGCCGCAUUUGAAGAUGAGUCCUUCUACAAGAAAUGGAUUAGUUUGCUGCUUAUCGAGAAGCACGAUAGCAAGGACGUGAAUGACAACACAGUAUGGAUGGUGAAAUACCUACUGCGGAACUUCCCAGCUAGCGAACUGAUAUAUGAAAGAAUUACGAAUACUCUAGCUGAACUUCUUAAAAGUAGAAAGAGAGCUGAACAACGCUUGGCAGCUGAAAUUUUUACCGGGGUUUGUAAAGGUACAAAGUACCGGGGCUUCCAAAAGCUUGACAAAUUAUGGAGUUGGCUUGCCCCUGCUGUCGACAACCUCUACAAUCACAUGAAUGCCGAUGCAUACUUGGCCUGGCAGAGCUGCAUAACUGACGUACUUCAACGUGAUGAUACCAGACGAUUUUGGUGGCUUAUUGAACGUUUUCUUGAUAGCAUGACACGCCCUGCACCUACGGCCUGGCAUCAAGGAAUACGUUCACAAGUUCUUUUGGCUACUGAUUGGCGUGAAACUGAGACACGCAGAAGAAUCUGCGAAAUAGCUUGGAGGAGUCUACCAAAAGCCAUCAUUGAAACUCAACGCAUCGGGAUAUCUGCGUCUUUGAAGCAUGUUUGCACAGUUUUGGAAGCGAAUAUGAAUAACGAUCUGAAAACCCUUCCCCAGAGAUUCCAGCUGGAGGGCGUGGACUUCUGGCUUGGACGGUUCGAAAGGAAGAUAGACGUGCUAGCAUGUAAUGGUCAUUCCGAGACUACACUAGCUGUGGUGAAUGAAAUGUGCCUCCAACGUGCUUUGGUGAACGACAAGGCUUUGGUUUCGUCAAAAACUCCCGAGUAUGAGAAUUGCUCCGAGCCACUAAUCUAUCUUAGAACGUUACUUGAAUUCUUACUACAAUAUUAUGACGAUUGCAUGACAUGCCUCACACCAGGCAUUGUAACAUUAUUUCCUAUGCUUAUCGAAUAUGCAAACGAAGACGAGAGCGAAAACAACGAGUCUUUCAAGGACAUCGACAUUAGAAAUAAUGCCAGCACGUUGGUACAUGAGUACAUGUCCAGUCUUCUGGUCAAUGAGAAAUUUGCACAAUCUUUUCCUGAAGUAGUUGUUAGGACUUUCCACAGAUCCUGCUUGUGGCGGGUCCGCGUUUCUGUGCUAAAAUUUCUCCAAGUUAUAGUUUUCUCCAAUAUUUAUGUACUAGAAAAAUUUGAUGUUUCUAAAAGUGUCAUAGAGUUACUAUUUGAUGCUCUUCGGGACCGCCAGGUCGAAGUGCGACUUGAGGCAUCGAGGUGUUUGCUUACAUUAAUUCACUGCGAGUACGCAAAGAUUGACAAAUCAUUAUUGGAUAAAAUUCGUUCUUAUUCUGAAAGCAGAGAUAGGGCUACGUUGCAUGGCGCCGUGUUAGCAAUGGGAGCGGUCGUGAUGGCACAUCCAUACUCUACUCCUCCGUACAUUAUUCCCAUGUUGCGAUCAUUGUGUGCCAUCACUAGUCACAGUGCUGAAUUGCAGAAAGCCGCGACCGCUGCACUUCGUGAGUUUCGACGUAGUCAUCGCGAAGAUUGGGAGAAAACGACAAGAAUAAUUGGAUCAGAACUUAUUUAUCAGAUUGAGAAUGCAAUUGCUCCGAUAUACUAUGCUUAA